CUAAAUCAACUUCACCUUCUAACAAAACAAAUGUCAAUUUUUCUGAUAUUGCAUCGUUUGGAAAAAGUCAUACCACCCCUCAUUCUAUCUUCCACAUUUAGUGCCUAGCCUGCAGUUCUCACCUCAUAAUUUUUGGAUGUCUUUUUUCAAACCAUGAUUUCUUUGGGAGCUAAUAAACUUAGCAAACGGGUCGUAUAAAUUAGUUUUUGAUCGGACAAAUUAGAGACUUUGUUCAAACUGAUCAAUAGUCCAAUUUGAGGCUGUGGCUUAGGAUUUGCUGCAUAGAGAUGCUUUGACAAAUCCCUCUCUUUGAUAUAUAUCUUUCUUUCUGUGCGGUUGGGGAUUCAAGAAGUUAACUAAUGAUUUGUUGCUGAUCAUAGCCUUGAUAUUCGAUAAUAAACACAAUUUCGUAGAAAUUAUUUUAUGCGAAAGAGUUGCAAAUAUGGCAUUUACUGGAACUCUUGACAAAUGCAAGGCUUGUGACAAAACUGUCUAUUUUGUGGAUUUGUUAUCAGCUGAUGGGGCAACUUUUCAUAAGUCAUGCUUCAGAUGCAGCCACUGCAAUGGAACACUCGUGAUGAGCAACUACUCUUCGAUGGAUGGAGUCCUCUACUGCAAAACUCACUUUGAACAACUAUUCAAAGAAUCCGGAGAUUUUCGUAAAAACUUUCAAACAGGGCCCAAGACAGAUCGCCAAUAUGAGCAGGGCAGGACCCCUAACAAACUCUCUUCUUUCUUCUCUGGAACCCAAGAAAAGUGUCCUGCUUGUAAUAAAACUGUCUAUCCGUUGGAAAAGAUAACAAUGGAGGGAGAAUCCUACCACAAGACAUGCUUCAGGUGUGCUAUUGGAGGGUGUUCUCUUACACACUCAUCCUAUGCUGCUCUCGACGGAAUCCUCUACUGUAGGCACCAUUUCCAGCAGUUGUUCAUGGAGAAAGGAUCCUACAGUCAUGUAAAGGCUGCUGCUAAAAAGAAUGCAUCAUCUUUAGUCGAAUCAAGAGAGUACGAACCAGAAGCCAAUACAGCUGAGCUAGUAGUCAAAGCUAAAGCCGCAGUAGAAACUGAGACAAUUCCUGCAGAUAAAACCGCUGAAGCAUAAUCUUAAAAAAAGGAUUUUAAUAUCAUUUUAGCUCCUAACCUCAACAGCUUUCUUGUAUGGAUUUUACUGGCCUUCGGGCAUUUCUAAUUAUUUUUAGCUCCCAAAUGAGUCAGGAAAUUUUCCCUUAGUCACAGAAAUUUCAACAAUGUAAUUUUUUAUUUUAUUGACAUGUUUGGCCAUUCAAUUUGUCAUGGUGAACUAGUGUGUAGCCCGGGCGUACUGGGUUGCUACUUUAAUUAUCCAUUGUGAUUAUAUGUAUUUGAUAUUUAUAAUGUCUUUUUUUUUUUUUUUAAUUAGACCUUGUGAUUAUCAGUUAUAUACAUUUAUUUUCAUAUUUAUAACAUAGUUGAUAAAUGGCUUAGAUGGUUUAAUAACCAUCCUUUUUAUAGGAGAUUGGGUGUUCGAAUCCCUUUAUCAUCAUUUUUAGGGGUGACUUGGCGUGGUUUACGUGGCACAUAGACGUUUUUAGUAACGCCUUUUAAUAUAUUAGUAUAGAUAUUUCUUUCUUUUUUUGUAACACUUGAGAUAAUUUAUAAGACAUUUUGUAUUGUUUAUA